CCGUCACAGCCUGUAAAGCGGCAUGCCAGACAUUUACCUGCCGCAGUCUCAGGCGUGUCUGGCACGUUCUCCGCUCUUGGCUCGGCGCAGUUGAUGACAUGUGACCACAGGAUUAGGAGACAGCUGUGCAGGCGUUGGAGCGAGAAGGUCGGGAUUGUUCGCUGUAUUCACAGGAUGCUCCGCAGCUAAUCAAGCAACAUUUCCGUCAUUCCUUAGCUCUGACUCGGAUACUUAAGUGACAACCACCUUUCCUUAUUAAAAAAGGGGGAUCGGGAGAUGAAUGGCAACGCAGAGGAACUCAUUCAGCGGGGUUUCUUUCUUCACCUGCUCUUAAACUGAGGUGGCAAAUAGAAGCAACAGAGCAAUGCAAACAGAGCAGCAGUGCUAAUUCCAGAGAAUGGGGAACUCAAGCACCAGAGAGACAACAUCUGCAGCUCCUGAUACCCAUCGGACAGGGGAUCAAGGUUCUGUUGAUCAUGCAGCCUAUGUGCCUCAUUCCUUUCAUUCUGACCAAGCCUCAUCUUGCUCACCAGUAAAACCACAAGGGAUAGAUGGAAGGAGUUCAGGGAAAAUAAUGGGGCCUAGCCCUGGAGCAUUACUUUCUUCUACAAUAAAUGUUAAAUCCAGGAAGGAUUCUUUACCCGUUCACUACUGUGAAGACUAUCCAGGCAGCCCUGAAACUUCUAUUGCUUCUGUUACAGACAGUACAGGAUCUUACAGUGAUGAAUGUGAACCAGUUCAGACUGGGAGUUGGAAUGGACAUCACAAUGCAGCUGGUACCACGAAAAUGUUUGUUCCUACAGGUAGUAAGGAUUCUGCAUGUAUUAGCUUUCAGUCCUCUGCCGAGUUGGAAAGCAGUAUGGCACAGAAUGUCACGGAAGAUAGUACACUUGAUUACACAGGUGAAAAGGACAGUGGGAUAGAUCAGUCUGUUUUGAAUGAUGGCAGUAUCAUCCAUUGGUCAGAAAUGAAUAACGGUGACCAGAGUAUCCUCAAACAAAAGGUAAAACAUGAAUCUGGUGUGCAAGACUAUUGGAAAAAUGAUUGGAAUGCAUCGGUUGUCAAUACAGAUGUUGUAAAAUCACUGCUUAUUGAAAGAGAUGGUCUGUUAAUUGAAAUCAAAAUGCUGAAGCAAAAAAUGCAGGUAGACCAGGAAGAAUGGAGACAGUUUCAAUCUGACCUGCAGGUAGCUGUUUCUGUUGCUGAUCGUAUAAAAUGUGAAGCUGAAGAUGAACUUGCUGCUCUUAGAAAAAAACACAAUGAAACAUAUGCUGAGCUUGUGAGCCUACAUGAGGAGCAUAGCAGGAUACUAAAAGAAAUGAGUGAACUUAAUAUAUCCUAUCAGGACAAGCUUAAAGAGCUGCUUGCUGCUAAAGAAUCUGCAAAAGCAUUAUUUGCACUUAAAAUGUCCAACCAAGAAACUGAGAGAGAACUUGUUACUCUCAGAGCAACCCACCAGAAAACAGUAGAAGAACUGAUGAGAGCCACAGAAAAAUGUCAUGAAAUGGAGACUGAACUUAAUGAGAUCAGAGCAGAUAGGCAAGAAAGACGGUCCUUCAGUCAAGUGGCAAAAGAGACGAGAACUGUGUGUUCCAGUAAUGAGUAUAUGGAAGGUUUGAAGAGGCUUAAAACUAACGCUACGGAGUUCCCACCUUCCUUACAGCAUUCUUUGAUGAAUGGAAAUUCACCUCACUUUGUUGCAGCUCAUUCCACAAUGCUUGUAUCUACAGGUCAGAAUGACAACAGGUCCUGGAGGAUGGCUAAGCAAAUUGAAUAUUUCAACCAUAACACAGCUUUAAAAAAAGAUUCAAUUCCUGUCCAUCUGGAUGUGGUGUCAGUAGACCAAGCAUCAUCCUUCAGAAAUGAUGAAAUGAAGGACAGUAUCGGCAUGCAUGUAAAGCGCCAUGGAAGCUCAAAACGAAACUCCCUUUUGCACUGGUGUCAAAGCAAAACUGAGGGGUAUAAGAAUAUUGAAAUUACCAACUUCAGCAGCAGCUGGACAGAUGGUCUUGCAUUUUGUGCAGUUUACCAUACAUACCUUCCCAGCCACAUCAAUUACAGUAAAUUGAGACCACAAGAUAAGAAAGAAAAUCUAAGCCUUGCUUUUAAAACUGGUGAGCGUGUGGGAAUCCCUGCUAAGUUGACUGUUGAUGAGAUGGUGAAAGGAGAAGGACCAGACUGGCAGCGUGUACUGGAUUACGUUGAAAGCAUCUAUAUGCACUUUGAGACAUGAAGUUUGAGCUUGUAAUCAUUUAGAGAUGCCUGAGAGUAUGGACUCAAAAGGUUUUUGUAGUUGUUUCUGCCAAUGUAUGAAGUCAUGACCAUUCUUUCUCGGUUAGAAAGAGCUGACCUUCAGGUGUCAAAUUUGUACAGACUUGCUUUUUUCUGUCAUAGUAGGUGGCCAAGUGUAUUUUUUCCUACCCUCUAUUGCACCAUGUUACCGUGAAGUAUGUGUGUCAAUUUCUAUUUUUUUUAAGUUAUGAAUGAAGUAACAUGUUAAACAGCAUGUGCCUAUGCUGAAUAUAUAUUUUUUGUUAUCUACUUGUAUUAGCCCAAGAAAACCUUUAGAAACCAAAGACUGUGUAUGCUUAAUGAAAGAUCAUGAUACAUUCUGACAAGUGCUGUAUUCACCAGUUUUGUUUUAUUAUCCCAAGUUGCAGAGUCACAAUUCUUGUAUAACAUUAAUUAUUUGAAAUAUGUAAUUUGUCAUUUUAAAAAAAGAAUAAUGAAAUGAUUUACAUGCCAGACAGUGUUAGUGUGUGUUGAGUAAUCUGCCCACUGUAGUAUCACAAGUGACAAUUUAAGGCUAAUGCAGUAUAUCUUAUGCCCAAGUUAUUUUGAUAAUAAGCUGUUCAGUAUAUUGCACAACCCUGAUUUAGUUAAUAUUUUUAAUGUUUUUUUUACUGGAUGUCAUCACAAGUACUUGGUGUAUGCUAAAUCUUAACUAUGAUGGAUACAUAGCAAAUUAUAGAAUAAAAUUUAAUACAGUAGAUAGAAGUCACUGUAUAAAAACAUGCCAUUCUUAUGAACUCUUGCAAGCAUGGUACUGACUGAGCCAUUAUUCAACUUGGCAAUCUUUACAGUAGUUCCCAUGAUAUCACCAGAAAAAUGCCCUUAAAUGAAUUGUUGCAUAAAAGGCAUUUUCACAAUUUUGUGGUUGCUGAAGUGCAACUGCUGAUAACAUAACUUCAUAAAGACACGACCAACUGAAUUUGAAGCAGGAAGUUGACCGCUCGAUCAUUUCAAUUCAGGUAAAACUGUUUAAAUGUUGAAUGAAUAAAAAUAUUUUCCUGGAUUAAACUUUAAUUAGGAAUAAAAAAAAUUUAAACACUGAUGCUUGUGAAGUUGUUUGUUUUGAGAACUGGAUCUGUAGUUAAAGAUAAAGAAGAGGAGAGAGAGAGAGAGUGGAUUUCAAUGUCCGGAGUGGUCAAACUGGCAAGUGGUGAUUUUAUUGGUUAGUCAACCAUAAACCCUAAAAAAUGCGCCUUAAUGCACUUGAGCAUCAAAUCACUUUGACGCUUCAUAUUUUUCUAAAUCUAAAGGAUUAACGCUGAAACGUAGAGGGUAAUGGUUGACCAUACACUACUCACAUAUAUAACAGAUGCUUUAUCUACCAAUUCUAAGAUAACCUCCAUCUUUCUACUGUAUGCCAUAGAAAUUCAUAUGGCUCCUGACUUAAGCAUUGUUAUGAUGCUAAGCUGGUGUUUUAUGUUCUGUUUUCAUUCUGUACUAUACUUAUUACAAAUGCAAGAUCAUCACACUUUGCACAUAUAGUAUAUACUAAAUGUGAUGAUUUUGGAGAAUGUACUCUCUGUGUACAGUAGCUGUUCAAUCAAAAUUGAUGGAUCAAAAGUUGAAUAGCAUGCCCAGAGCAAAAAUAAACUGCUUUAUAGAUAAGAUUUAAGACAAAUAAUAAAAAUGUAAGUUUGAACCAGGUGAAAAUGGGGAAGCAAGGUUUUGCUGGCAGUGUAACAAUAGGUCUGUUCUAGAAAGAGAGAUUUGAUAAUUCUGGAUUUCAGAACGAGUGCCGCAUUGCUAUCGUGUGAUUGAUUUUUUUUUUUUUUGCACCAGCUUGUAUCGGAAUACUGGAAUUCAAUUGGCUCACACACUCCCUCUUAGGUUCAUUGGGAUUAAUGCGCGUUCACAGCAAAAUUUACAAGUCCUUGUGAGUCGAGCACUGAACAGCUGAUCAACCAACAUGCCAGCAGAAGACGACAUGCUGGUAUCAGUUCACGAAAAAUAUUGGAGGAUCUGACAAAAGAAGAGCAAUACAGCAACUGCGAAGUAAAGGGAGAUGUGGAAAAAUAUCACCGAUAGAAUAAAUGUGUAAAACAGUUAAUCAGUGAAAUCCGUGUGAACUUUUGUAUGAUAAAUUACUGAAUUGUACAAAAUGUAAUCCUGAUGAUGUUACUUGAAAUGUUCUAUGUCCUCAAGUAAAUAUUGUAUUCUGUUUUUGCAAUAUUAAUGAUGGCCCAAAAGUGUAAGACCCAUGGCAUAGCGUUGUUCUAGGUGUUAUUGUGAGAGAUGUUGAUCGUACCUGCAAUUAACCCUGUAUUUUCCAGGAAUUACACUUGGACCUGGAACUACACCUAUUCUUUUAAAUGCAUCGUACCCUGUUUACAUGUUAGACCCUGCAUAUUUGGCCUCGAGUUUGUAAUUUUGUGCUUGCCAUCUCAUUUCAUCUAAAGAAUGGAUAAAAGGACACAUUGAUAUUUGUACUUUGUAUUUGAUAUACUGUACGUACUUGUGUUUUCUUCAUAAAAGCCAUCAUCCAAAUGAACUACAGUACAAUGCAGAAAUCCUGUUGUUGCCAUAUUCCUAUACAGAACCCUGAAUUGAAACAG